AUGGUUCUGAAUCGUCCCACAAUAAUUCGUCUCGCUGAUUUACGUUUCACUAGCUUGGAACAUUUGAAAUCAUGGUGUGAUAUGAAUCAUAAACAAAAAUGGGAGCAAGCGAUUUCACGACUUGUCUGUACGAAAGCAUUCGAUCAUGCAGAACGAGUUUUUGAUGAAGCAAAGCUGAAAAUGCAGGAAGGAGACGAGGAAGAUGCAUACAAAUUGUUCACACGAAUGGGCAUUAUUUCGAAAAUAAUUAUCAGCAAGAGCGAUUUCCAGGAAUUCAAAAAUUCUCCGGAUGGUCGUCGUUUUUAUUAUUUAUUUGAUCAGUGUAUUGUUUAUCUGAAAGAAUUGGAAGAAAGCUUAAAUAAACGAUAUGAGUUGAAAAAAGUUGAAAAAAGUUAUGAUGAACGAGAAGUGACACUUGUACAACAUGAUGAAAUACGAAAAGAUGAUUAUUCCAAAGUACAAUGA